GCAACGUCGACCUCAACGCCGCACAUCUCAGCCGGGCUCCCCUCGGCUCUAUUCUUCCAUACGCAACACUGAAACUAGGAAUCUUAGACCUCCACUCGCUUGCGACUCUCGCUCCCACGGCGACCAUGUCCGCCCGCGGCUUCAACACAAAGACGCCCACGAUCAAGCGCAUCCUAAAAGAAGCAUCUGAACUCUCUGCCCACCCCUCCCCCGACUUCGCCGCCGCACCCAUCGACUCAAACCUCUUCGAAUGGCACUUCACGCUGCGCGGCCCGCCCGCGCCAUCCCCCUACGCCGCGGGCAUCUACCACGGCCGCAUCGUCCUGCCCUCCACAUACCCGCUCAAACCGCCCAACUUCCGCUUCUUAACGCCCACCGGGAGAUUCGAGGUUAAUCGCGAGAUCUGCCUGAGCAUAAGCGGGCACCACGAGGAGACGUGGCAGCCGGCGUGGGGGAUCCGCACGGCGCUGGUCGCGAUUCGGAGUUUCAUGGACAGCGAGGCCAAAGGACAGGUUGGGGGGCUGGAGUGCGAUAGGGGUGUUAGGGAGCGCAUGGCAAGCGAGUCGGGGAGCUGGCGGUGUCCUGGGUGCGCGAAGAGCAAUGCGGAGAUUCUGCGGGAGAACGAGGAGGCGUGUGCGCAGACAGAGGGCGGGAGCGAGGAGCCUGUGCCCGAGGAGUUGAGGUUGGCGUAUCGUGAGGAGCUGGGCGGGGAGAGUACGGAGGGCGCGAGUCAGGACAAGGCGACAGAUGGCAUGCCGCAAGCUGCACCGGCACCAUCGGCGUCGUCCUCGAGCCAGACUUCACGACCGCCGCAAGCACCAGCACCGGCACAGGCACCACAGCCUACCCGCACCAUCCCAGCGGCUGCACCAGCGCUCCCCGCCCGCCACGCCGCCGUCCCCCCUCUCCUCCAGCACCAGACCCCCGCCUCCACCCAAUGGCUCGACACCGCCAUCUACGGCGUCGUCGCCGCGCUGCUGUUCAUGGUGCUGAAGAAAUUCGCCUCCUAGGUGGAGCAGCGGACGUUUCUAUCUAUCCUGCGUUUGCUGCUGGGCGUUUUGGUUAUUUGGGUUGGGUAGGAACUUGCGAUGCUGUGAGUGUGAUUGUGACUUGUUAGCGGUGGUGUUUUGGCGUUUAUUGUUUCUUGGGUUUGGAAUGAUCUGGGUUUGGGAUCAGGCAUGUGAGCGUUAUCGUACAUGCUGUGGUAUUCAUAGGACAGGACGUCUAUGUCCGGAGUGCGGCUUUGGCUGGGUUGUUUUAAGGGCUUGUACAUGUUAGGAGGGUAGACGGGAUUAGAUUAGGAUAAGAUGGUUAUUGCGGCGCCCCGCACCAUCCUCGUCCCGGG